AUGGUAUCUGUUACUUCACCUAGGGGCAUCGCCAUCCAGCGCGCCCAAGCCGACACUAUGCGCGACAGGAUUGAGCGCAUCACUGAGGAUCUCAAAGAUAUCAAGGAAUUUUUCCCCAUCAGAAUAUCUCCCAGAAGAACAAAGAAGUUACGCGAGUUCCUUACAUCUGAGCUCGACUCACUCCGCAGCCAGCCCUUUGAUCUUUAUGAUCAACAAGGGAAGGUAGAUUAUCUUCUGAUAAAAGGCUACCUACAAAGACAGCUGCGAGAGUUGGAACUCAACUCUAAACAAGAUGAAAAGACCGCACCACUUUUACCGUUUUCAGACACACUGCUGGAGCUGUGUGAGGCCCGUGCCAGGGUAGUGUCGAUGAAUUCAAAAGACGCUGCCCAGAAGCUUGUUGAAUCCCAGUCUCAAAUCGCAGCCGUGAUAGACAUGGUCGAGAACCACUCGACCAAGAUCCGGAUGGAGAAAGCAGUUGCAUUUAGAGCGGCGAGAAAUAUAGACUCAUUGCACACCAACCUGAAGGAAUGGUUCGAAUUCUACAAAGGCUACGAUCCGUCGUUCAACUGGUGGGUGUCACAUCCAUAUGGAGUUGUGGAAAAGGGCCUGAAAGAUGUUUCAGCAAGUAUCCGAGAGAACUUGGCUGGCAUUCGCCCAGGUAACGAAGAUGCGAUAGUGGGUGAUCCUAUCGGUCGAGAGGGUUUACUUAGUGAACUCUUGGGUGAAAUGAUUGCCUACACACCGGAUGAAUUAAUCUCGAUCGGAGAGACGGAGUUCAAAUGGUGUGUUGGUGAAAUGAUAAAGGCAUCACGCAGCAUGGGGUUCGGGGAUAACUGGAAGCAGGCGCUGGAAGAAGUCAAGAAUGACUUUGUCGAGCCUGGAAAACAAACCGAAUUAGUGCGAGAUCUCACGAUGGAGGCAAUCUCCUUUGUCGAAGAUCAUCAACUCGUCACCGUUCCACCGGUUGCCAAGGAGAACUGGCAGAUGUUUAUGAUGUCCCCCGAGCGCCAGAAAGUAAACCCUUUCUUCCUCGGAGGUGACUGUAUCAUUGUCGCAUACCCAACCGAUCAGAUGGACCAUGAAUCCAAGCUGAUGGGGAUGCGCGGGAACAACAUCCAUUUCUCCCGCGCUACGGUCUUCCAUGAGAUGAUAUCUGGCCACCAUUUGCAGAUGCACAUGAUUGCACGAUAUAAACCCUACCGCCAGCUAUUUGACACCCCGUUUUGGAUUGAAGGAUGGGCUCUGUAUUGGGAGUUUAUUUUGUGGAAUGACGAGCGGUUCGAAAAGACGCCGCAGAACCGGAUCGGGAUGCUGUUUUGGCGACUUCAUCGAUGUGCCCGAAUUAUAUUCUCCAUUAAGUUCCAUCUUGGACAGAUGGCUCCUCAGGAAUGCAUUGAUCUACUCGUUGACCAAGUCGGACACGAACGUGCCACUGCAGAAGGAGAAGUGAGACGAUCAUUGAAUGGCGAUUAUUCGCCGUUAUAUCAAGCCGGGUAUAUGCUGGGUGCGUUGCAAAUAUAUGCACUGCGGAAGGAGAUUGUCGAGACGGGGCUCCUUGCUGAGAAGGAAUUCAAUGACCGGUUUUUGAAGGGGAAUUGUAUGCCAAUCGAGUUGGCGCGGGCCUUGAUGCAAGAUCAAACGUUAUCGCGUGAGCACCAGCCGUCUUGGAAAUUCUAUUCCUUAUAA